GCGGCAAGCGGCGGCGGGGCGGCGGCGGCGGCGCCAUGGAGCCCCGAGAGGUGAAGGACCGCAUCCUGGAGAACAUUUCGUUGUCGGUGAAGAAGUUGCAGAGCUACUUUGCCGCGUGUGAGGAUGAGACACCUGCGAUCCGGAAUCAUGACAAGGUCCUGCAGCGUCUGUGUGAGCACCUGGAUCAUGCCCUGCUGUACGGCCUGCAAGACCUCUCCUCUGGCUACUGGGUGCUUGUGGUGCAUUUCACUCGGCGAGAGGCCAUCAAGCAGAUCGAAGUGCUGCAGCAUGUGGCCACCAACCUGGGGCGCAGCCGGGCCUGGCUAUACCUGGCCCUGAACGAGAACUCCUUGGAGAGCUACCUGCGGCUGUUCCAGGAGAACCUGGGCCUGCUGCACAAGUACUACUUCAAGAACGCCCUGGUCUGCAGCCACGAUCACCUCGCUCUCUUCCUGACCCUGGUGUCUGGGCUGGAGUUCAUUCGAUUCAACCUGGACCUGGAUGCCCCUUACUUAGACCUGGCCCCCUACAUGCCUGACUACUACAAGCCUCAGUACCUGUUGGACUUUGAAGACCGCCUUCCCAGCUCGGUCCAUGGCUCAGAUAGUCUGUCCCUCAAUUCCUUCAACUCUGUCACCUCCACCAACCUGGAGUGGGACGACAGUGCCAUCGCCCCGUCCAGUGAGGAUUAUGAUUUUGGAGAUGUGUUUCCAGCAGUGCCGUCUGUACCCAGCACAGACUGGGAAGAUGGAGACCUCACAGACACCGUCAGCGGGCCGCGCUCCACAGCCUCAGACCUGACCAGCAGCAAGGCGUCCACCAGGAGUCCCACUCAGCGCCACAACCCCUUCAACGAGGAGCAAGCUGAGACCGUGUCCUCCUCUGACACAACCCCCGUGCAUGCCACCUCUGAGGACAAGGAGGAGUCUCAGGUGCCUGAGCUGCCGGAAGCCUGUGCCGAGCUCGAGGUCAUCAGGGUCAGCAAGAAGAAGAAGAUUGGCAAGAAGAAGAAGCCCAGGCCGGAGGAGGGAGCCAGUCCCCUUCACCCUCCCGCUGGUCAGCACAAGUGUGCCAGGCAGGAGGACGACGACAGCCUCAUGAGCAGCCCAGGCCUCGGCCAGGACUCCCCCGACACCACCCUGGCUUCCCCCCAGGACGAGGGAGAAGGGCCCAGCAGCACCACUGAGAGCAGUGAGCGCUCAGAGCCUGGCCCCAUGGGCUUGCUGAUCCCCGAGAUGAAAGACACGUCCAUGGAACGUCUGGGUCAGCCACUGAGCAAGGUCAUUGACCAGCUCCAAGGGCAGCUGGACCCCAGCACCUGGUGUUCUGCCGUCGAGCCCCCAGACCAGUCCUUUCGGACCGGCUCUCCCGGGGAAGCCCCGGAGAAGCCGCCAUUUUGCGACUUUAGUGAGGGGCUUCCAGCCCCCAUGGACUUCUACCGCUUUACCAUCCAGAGUCCAAGUGCUGCUGCACCAAGUGGCGGCAACCAUGACUCUGCAGGGCUUGGCGAACCGCUGCAUGUUCCUGGUGGCCCUGCGGCUGCUGGCCAAGAAGAAAAGGGAGGAGGAGGAAGAGAGGGGCCGACGCCUUGGCCCUUAGGGGACACCGCUGGGGAGGCCCUGGAUCUGCACGGCCAGUCAGCCCCAGGAAGCGAGAUGCCUGUGCCCGAGCCAGAGCCCAGGACCCAGGAGGCUCCCCAGCUCAAGCGGGACCAGCCCAGCCCGAGUCUGAGCAGUGCUGAGGACUCGGGGGUGGAGGAGGGGCAGGGGAGCCCUUCCGAGGUGCCGCACUCUUCAGAGUUCAGAGUUGACAACAACCACUUACUCCUGCUGAUGAUCCAUGUGUUCCGAGAAAAUGAGGAGCAGCUGUUCAAAAUGAUCCGGAUGAGCACUGGGCACAUGGAGGGCAACCUGCAGCUGCUGUACGUGCUGCUCACAGAUUGCUACGUCUACCUGCUGCGCAAAGGGGCCACAGAGAAGCCAUACCUGGUAGAAGAGGCUGUCUCUUACAAUGAACUUGACUAUGUGUCGGUUGGCCUUGACCAGCAGACGGUGAAGCUGGUGUGCACCAACCGCAGGAAGCAGUUUCUGCUCGACACAGCUGAUGUGGCCCUGGCUGAGUUCUUCUUGGUGUCUCUCAAGUCAGCCAUGAUCAAAGGCUGCCGUGAGCCGCCCUACCCCAGCGUCCUCACUGAUGCCACUAUGGAGAAGCUGGCACUGGCCAAAUUCGUGGCCCAGGAGUCCAAGUGCGAGGCUUCCACCGUCACUGUACACUUCUACGGGCUUGUGCACUGGGAGGACCCCAUGGAUGAGUCCCUGGCUUCCAUGCCCUGCCACUGCUCACCCCCGGAGGGCACCAUCACCAAAGAAGGCAUGCUGCACUACAAGGCUGGCACCUCCUACCUGGGCAAGGAACACUGGAAGACCUGCUUCGUGGUUCUCAGCAAUGGGAUCCUGUACCAGUACCCAGACCGCACUGACGUCAUUCCCCUGCUCUCAGUGAACAUGGGGGGGGAGCAGUGCGGUGGCUGCCGGAGAUCCAACACCACGGAUCGGCCCCACGCCUUCCAGGUCGUUCUCGCCGACCGGCCCUGCCUGGAGCUGAGUGCCGAGAGCGAGGCCGAGAUGGCCGACUGGAUGCAGCACCUCUGCCAGGCCGUGUCCAAAGGGGUUAUCCCCCAGGGGGUCGCCCCCAGCCCCUGCAUCCCCUGCUGCCUGGUCAUCACCGACGACCGCCUCUUCACAUGCCAUGAGGAUUGCCAGACCAGCUUCUUCCGCUCCCUGGGCACCGCCAAGCUGGCUGACGUCAGUGCUGUGUCGCUGGAGCCGGGCAAGGAGUACUGCAUCUUGGAGUUCUCCCAGGAUGGCCCGCAGCUGCCCCCACCCUGGGUCAUCUACCUGAGCUGCCCUUCAGAACUGGACCGCUUCCUGUCUGCACUGAGCGCCACUUGGAGAACCAUCUACCAGGUGGACCUCCCCCACAAGGCCAUCCCUGAAGCCUCCAGCAGGCAGAAGCUUGAGGACGCCUUGAGCCUGAUCCAUAGCACCUGGCAGCGCAGCGACAGCCUGUGCCGCGGCCGAGCCUCCAGGGACCCCUGGUGCUGAGGCAGGGUGGGAAGGGGAGGUAGUCGGCCAGCAGGUGCACUGCCAUGACCAGCUUGUGUGCCGCUCAGAGCCAGGCCUCCAGACCGUUCAACAGUUCACACAGGGCUGAUGACUGUCCUGGGCACCUGGAGUGGGUGCCCAGUGUCCCUGAGCAUGCUGUCCAGCAAGCUGCUGGGCAGAAGAAUGAGCCCUGUGGGCUCUCGGCUUCCAUGCUGUCUCCCUGGGCUGCCACCUCACAGCAGGAAGAAGGGGAGAGAGGCCUGGCGGUGCAGGCACCCUGUCCCUCCUGGAUCAGGAGCCCUGCAGAGGCUCAGAGCCACCUGGGGCCCAGCCAACCUCAUGUGUCUCUGAAGACUCUCAGCGUUGCGGGGAGGCCAGAGCACGUGAGACUGCAUGUGCCCCCCUCACCGGCCCAGCCCCGUGCAUAGCUGCCACCCUGCUAAGCCUGGGGCUGUGGCAGGGCUGCCCCCCAGGUUGCCAGGCUGCCCUGCAUGCCCACGGCCCUGCCCCUGCCUCCUCCAGCCCGGCAGUGCCCACAGGACCCAGGGAUGAAGAGCAGAAGACGGGCAGAAGGGGCUGGCGAGGAACAGAGCCGGCAGCCUGGGGGGCCAUGGUGACAGCUCCUGCCAGCAUCUGCUUGGCGGGAGCCAGGCUGCCCAGGUACUCCGUCAGGAGCUCUCUGGGAAGGGCUCAGGUGGUGUGGGUUUUGUUUUUUAAAAUAAAAUAGACAUGUUAUAUUGCCAAAACAUGGGCCUGGCCAUCUGUGGGGUGGGGGUGUUGGGGUGUCAUUCUGCAGGCAUUCCUCCGUCAUUUGCUCCACCCCUGACCCCUGGGACGAGGCCGAUGAGCUGUGACCCGUAGACACUGAGGCCCAACAUUUGCCUUCCCUCUUGGUUGCUGCAGCAGGCAGGGGAGGGGC